AGCGUCCGUCAGUCCUCGUCUCUGAAAUUGGGGUUUUACAGAGGUUUUAGGGUUUCGAAACGAAACACACAGACUAACAGAGAACAAAAAUGUCAGCUUCGAUCGCCGGAAGAUCGACAAUUCUGCGCGCGUUUUGCCGAGCAGCAACAUCAACAACAAGAACAAGAAUUUCAGCAGCGCCAUGCCCUUCGAUUCCGUCCAAUUUCAUGGCUCGUCGCUCCUCUUCCUCAAGGCUGUUGCGCCGAGAAUUGAGCUCUCUUCAACCUCUCCACAAUGCCAUUGCGUCCGCUUGCCUUAUCUCCAAGCUUCCGGCCCUGGCCACCUCCUCCGAAGGCAGAUUUGUGAACUAUAUCAGUCCUAUCUAGGAGCGUGUGCAUGCUGAAAUCAAGAGUUCUUGUACUAUUCUUGAAUUUGCUGAUAAGUUUCUUUCGAAAGUCGAAACGAAAUGCUUGUCUUUCGAGGUGAACUGCUGAACAUGCUUGUUUUGAAUUAAAUAGCAAAUCUUUUGCAUCUCCUGAAAUUCUUCUAGUUUGUUACAUGGGAGUUCAAUUUAACAUUCACUAGUUAGAUGAUGUACUUGUAUUGUUUUGAAGUAAUGUCAUGUUAAAUUUGUAUCAAAGUAAUCAAUAAAAUAUGAGAUGAGGUGAUGGUUUA